AUGACUAUCCCUAUGAGCCAUAAAAAUGGGCCAAGAUAUACCACACUUGGUGCCUUUAGGUUUGGAAAAUCAGCAAGCACCACUUCAGCGAAUGAAAGCAAUAUUGCCCACUACUUUUGUUUGAAUGGAAGGCACUUUGGAACACAUCUGGACAAGGAAGCAGACUUGAAAAACAUGGUGCCUACUCGGGAUGAAAAGCAUUCCAACGGAACAACAGCAAGAGCUGCAACAGCUUUAGUGAAUGCUUUGAAGGAAGAAAUGUCUCUGCAAUUGAUGUCUAAACAGGAGCAUACGAAUACAUGGAUGGAUAUUCUGGAAGCAAAGUCUGGGAAUAUUUAA